AUGACCUUGGAAGAUUUUGAAAAGUCAUUGGCGGAGGAUAAAGAGCGACGGGAGAAAAGUGAUCGGGAACGACAUCGAGACCGCGAUCGCAGCAGAGAGCGCUCGAGACAUCACCGCCAUCAUCGGCGACAUUCGUCCAGAUCCAGAGACCGCGAAAGUGAGAAAGGCCGUGAGUCACGGCACCGGCAUCGCGACGACAAUGGCCACCGGCAUAAGCGCUCGCGCCACGAGGCUGAUCAGGGAGACGAGCGUGAUCAUGCGCAUAAACGCCGGCACCGUCAUGCCAGCAAUGACGAGGCCGAGUCCUCGGCUCCUAAAACUGUGGUCCAGGAGGAACCAAACCACACUACACGCCUCGAAGAAUUAAACAAGCCUAAAAUGCUUCAGGCCGAUUUCGAACUUAAGAUUCAUGACAAAGAGCUCAACAAUCAUUUGCGUGACCUCCAAGAAGGAAAGGCGCUUGAAGAUAUUGAAGAGGAGCCUGCUCAGCACGACGUGGAUUAUACAUUUGGGGAUGCCGGCUCGCAGUGGAGGAUGACAAAGCUCAAAGGAGUCUACAGAGAAGCCGAGGCCAGUGACAGACCCGUGGAUGAGAUAGCUACCGAACGCUUUGGAGACUUGCGCUCCUUUGAUGAUGCUCAAGAAGAAGAAACCGAACUAGAUCGUCGCAGGAUGUAUGGCGAAUCUUACGUGGGCAAAGACAAGCCCAGCGGGGAAUUGUUCCAGGAGAGGAAGCUUCAAAAUGAUGUUCGGAGAAGCUCGCUCGAACAUGUCCGAGAUCCGGAAGAAGAGCUCAAAGCCGGAGGCCAGGGCCAAAAAAUGGAGGCGGUUCCUCCGUCGAACACCACUCAGCACCUGGACCAGACGGCACUGAACCGUUUGAAAGCCCAGAUGAUGAAAGCAAAGCUGAAAGGUGCCCCCGAUGCGACGGAACUGGAGGAUCGCUACAACGCGGCGGCGGCAGCGAUGUCCAACCAGAAAGAGUCCGACGUCGUGGUUCUCGGCGUCAUGGAGAAUCGCAUGUUGGCCGGUGCAAGGAAUGAGGUGAAGCCGGUUGAGACAAGAAGGGGACAAGAAAAAGGCCAGGUUCAAGAGAACGAAGACAUGAGCAUCGAGGACAUGGUCCGUGAGGAACGCAAAACUCGCGGCCAAUUUGGCGGAGAUGGCCAGCGUUUGGCGGACCGCAUCGCGCGAGAUUCAAAGUUCGAGAAUGAAUUGGAGUACAUGGACGACAACGCCUCCAAACUUGCUCGGAGAGUGCACCGGUCUGAAAUCGACAUCAAAAACGCGACGAUUAAUGAUUUCCACAAAAUGAACCGGAUUUUGGAUAACUGCCCCCUCUGCCACCACGAGGACACCAACACUCCGCCCAUUGCACCGGUUGUGUCUCUCGCGACGCGAGUUUACCUGACCCUUCCUACCGAACCUGAAAUCAGCGAAGGCGGCGCCGUCAUUGUGCCCAUCCAACAUCGGAACAACUUGAUGGAAUGCGAUGACGAUGAAUGGGAAGAAAUUCGCAACUUCAUGAAAAGCCUAACUCGCAUGUACCACGACCAGGGCCGGGAUGUGAUUUUUUACGAGAACGCAGCCCAGCCGCAACGCAAGCGGCACGCAUCCAUGGAAGUGGUGCCCUUACCCUACAGUCUCGGGGAGACAUCACCUGCGUUCUUCAAGGAGGCGAUUCUCAGUGCCGAGUCCGAAUGGUCGCAACAUCGCAAACUCAUCGAUACUCUGGCCAAGUCCAAGCAGGGUCUGGGGCGGUCGGCGUUCCGUCGGACUUUGGUCAAGGAGAUGCCCUAUUUCCAUGUCUGGUUCGAGCUCGACGGUGGCUUGGGACACAUUGUUGAGGACGAGCACCGCUGGCCUCGUGGGGAUUUGUUUGCCCGAGAGAUCAUUGGGGGCAUGCUCGACGCUGCGCCGGACGUGAUCAAGCGGCAGGGACGCUGGAACCGCGGCGGGGAUCGACGCGUGGAUGGGUUCAGGAAGCGAUGGAGGAAGUUUGACUGGACUCGGGUCUUGAUUGAAGGGUAA